AUGUAUCGGGUAUCUACUCGAAUGUUAAAAAUACUUACUGAUGUUGCUGUAUUACGGAAAGUUACAUCUAUUAAUACGACAUGUAGUCUACUUGCAGUAAGAAGUAAACAUUUAGAUUUGCAGCAAUAUUAUAACACCAACGAUAACUAUGACUUUAAAGAUCGAAAACACCCAGCUUACAAAUAUCUGUGCUGUUCACUUUUAUUCAGUGCUGCAGCCUAUACUUCCUAUAAAUUCUGGGCUCAACACCAACUGCUGCCUUCUAUAAUCGCUGCUGAAGAAAUAUCUGAUUCAGAAUCCGACAAUGAAGUUGACAAUAAAAAGAAAAGAUAUCGAAAGGAGAAGAUCGGAUUUCGGGAUCGGAAGAUUAUUGAAUAUGAAAACCGUAUGAGGUCCUAUUCAACUCCAGAUAAAAUAUUUCGAUACUUUGCUACAGUCAAAUUGAGUUUGGGUGAACACACAGAAAUUUACAUGACCCCUGAUGACUUUUUGAGAGCUAUCACUCCUGGCAUGAAGCAGCCUGAUGGUUUGGGCUUAGACCAGUAUAGAAGAUAUGACCCAAAGAGUAUCAGUCAACGUCUCAAUCUCGAUCUUGAUGAAGACUCCAUUUUCUAUAAACUCGGCUCAUCAGGACUCAUCACGUUCAGCGACUACAUCUUCCUCCUUACCGUAUUAUCAAGUAAGUGA